AUGGAGAAUCAGAUUUUCUUAGGCAAACACUUUAUCCUUCUAAACAAGCAACGUUCUUGGGUUAAGAGAGCAUUAAAUUUGGAAUCUGUUAAAAAAGAUGAUCCACUUGAUACAAGCCCCCAGAAGGCCAAAAGGAGGAAUCUGGGUUCCUACUCCCCAACCACAGGCACGUGCCAGAUGAGUCCCUUCUCCUCCCCCAUGAGCCACAGGGCACAGAAUGCCAGCAGUGCCCCAGCAGAGGGAGGUGGGAAUGAGCAGAGCACUUCCAAGAGCGGAUUAUCCAGGAGAGGGCAGCCUCAAACAGAGCACGAUGUGUUCCUGCAAUUGCACUCUCAAGUGAGAAAUUCCUUGCCCAGAAUUCUGAAACUAAGAGCAAAUCUGACGAGCCUGAAGGCUUUGGAGGGCAGUAGAGAGCUGGAAAAUAUCCUUGGAGUCUCACACUCGUCCUGUGUCCUGAGUGCUGAACUGAAGAAAACCCAAGAGCUGGUGAGUCAAGCAGAAAAACUGCAGCUGUUGAAAGCAAACCAUGGAGAAGUCCCUGCCCGAGGGCACAGCCAGGCUGCUGGGAGUGCUGCAUUCCUGACCUCACUCCUGGACAGAAAGAAGGAAUCCCUGGGCCUGCCCGUGGCCUUGCCCAGCACUGAGGCACAGCCAGAGUGACCAGGACCAGGUCACACGUUUACUUCUUGUAAACCAUGUGCCGAGAGCUCUGGGAUGUCCUGCAGGCUGCAAGGCCCUGAGGGGAAUCAGUUGUUUCUGUGCGC